AUGGGCAAGUGGCGUUAUGGCGUCGUCCUAGACGCUGGAUCGUCUGGGACUCGUGUACACGUUUAUCGUUGGCUGCGCAAUGCGUCAGCUCGCAAGAAGGCCGAUGUGAAUGACUUGAAAUCGCUUCCCGAGAUCAAAACAAAGGAGGAAUGGGUGAAGAAGAUCCAUCCCGGCGUCUCUUCCUUUGCCGAUCGACCCGAGUCCGUCGGAACCGAGCAUUUGGCGGAACUGCUGGAUCAUGCGAAGAGCAUUGUUCCUGAGGAGGAUGCCAGAGAUACCCCGAUUUUCCUACUGGCCACGGCUGGCAUGCGACUCCUCGGAAACCUUGAGCGACAACUUCUCCUCGAUCAAAUUUGCAGCUAUGCCCGCGCCAAUAGCGACUUUCUACUCCCCGACUGCGGCGUGCAUAUCCAGGUCAUCCCCGGUGUAACGGAAGGAUUGUAUGGAUGGAUUGCGACAAAUUAUCUGAUGGAAGCUUUCGACGCGCCGGAGAAACACGACCAUGGCAAAGGACAUUACACAUAUGGAUUCUUGGAUAUGGGAGGUGCUUCGGCUCAGAUCGCAUUUGCGCCAAACACAACGGAGACGGAGAAGCACGCCAAUGACCUGACUCUUCUACGCCUCAGGAACAUUGAUGGCUCGGUUCAAGAACAUCGGGUCUUUGUUACCUCGUGGUUGGAGUUUGGAGUGCACGAAGCUCGACGUCGGUACGUAGAGGCGUUGCAGGCCGCGGCGGGGCCCGAGGUCCUAGAGUUGCCAGACCCCUGUCUGCCAGAGGGGUUGCGCACUACGUUGGACGGCAAGGAUGUUGUGCCCACCACUGCUGCGGGGCCUUCUUUGCUCGGUACUGGCAGGUUCGACGAGUGCCUGCGGCAGACUUAUCCUCUCCUGGACAAGGAUGCACCUUGCUCGGAUCAUCCUUGUCUUCUUCACGGCAUUCAUGUCCCGGCUAUCGACUUUGACGUGAACCACUUUAUCGGCAUCAGUGAGUACUGGCACACAACUCAUGAGAUUUUCGAAAUGGGAUACAAGGACAAGGCCUACGACUUCAACACAUAUCAAGAGCGGGUCAAGACCUUCUGUUCGCAGGAUUGGGCGUCAAUUAAGGACGGCCUCCAUGAACAUAAGUGGGGAAAGAAGGUCGACCUACAGAAGGCCAACGAGGUGUGCUUCAAGGCAUCGUGGAUAAUCAAUAUGUUGCACGAUGGUAUCGGGGUACCUCGAGUUGGCCUCGAAGAUACAUCGGGCUCGCUUCACAACGGUACUAAGGAAGUCCUGGCUCACACUAAAGAGAAAGGCUAUUUGGAUGCCUUCCAAGCAGUGAACAAGAUCGACUCGACCGAAGUGAGCUGGACAUUGGGCAAGAUCGUUCUCUAUGCAUCAUCGCAAGUUCCCGCUGAGGUUGAGGAGGCCGCUUUGCCCGUUGGGUUUGGCAGCAAUGUUCCUGGCAUUCCCCCAGACUUCCAGUACCCCAGUGUAGAGUUGCUUCCUGAUUCCGAGGGAUUCCACAGUGAACACUGGCAUGAUGCACUGUUUGAUGGAGACUCCCCACGCCGAAUUCCCGGGAUUCUUUUGUUCCUCCUCAUCAUUAUCGUGGCUGGCUUCUUCCUAUGCGGCCGUAGCCGACGGUCUCGCAUCUAUCUGAAGAUCAACAAUUUGCUCCGUCGGGGUGGACCAUCUCACCCUAACCACCCGAAGAAGCGCAAGGGAUUUGGGGCGAUGUUGCCAUUCUUAAAUCGGAACGGUGCUACUUACGAGCGUGUCAUGGAAGAGGGCGCGCAAGAUUUUGAGCUCGGUGUGACCGACUCCGACAACAGUGAUACGGACCCUGGCCGGCCUUCCGAGGGUGAUUCAAUGGGGAUGCGGCCGCCAAAGCGAGCAUCUAGUUGGGGAAGCAGCAGCAACCCGCCCAGCUUGAAAUAUACACUCGACAAUACCUCAUCGGGCACUAUCGGCUUAGGGAUUAGCGGUGGCUCCGGGAUUGCCAUGGAUCGGGCUGGCUUGGUGGUCAGGACUGAAAGCCGAGAUCAUCUAGCUCCCAUCGCGUUGGGGCCCACCACUAAUGGCCGUCGAUCGAGAGCUACCAGUCCCACGCGGUCUCACCAUCAAAAAUCCCCCAGCAUGAGUCCCCUUGCCGAUGAUUAA